AUGGAGGACGAUAUCAUUGAAUUCGUUCCCCUACUAGGCUUCCAACGACACAGGAUUUACUUUGAUCAUGCAAGAGAACUACAAGUAAAAGAGGAGAUGACCACAGACCUCGACACAUCGACUUUUCCGAUGCUAUACCCAACGCUCCAGUUGCUUCUUUCGGCAUUUCUCACCAAACGAGCAGUCAAUCAAGUGAUACAAACUGCACUCUUGAUGUUCAACGCAAGAAACACUUUAUGGCGUGCUGGUUAUCUUCUGUUGGCUGCUGGUAUCGGCGGCGUCGUGGACGAGCCACUCGCUGAUACGAUUAGCCCAACGCAAUUGAUGAUCAUUCAAUCUCAAAAUGUGGCUGCCAAUAUCCUCUAUUAA